UUCUGCCCUUUCUACCUCUAGGGGACCAUGGCUGGUGCAGAGUCCCCUCUGCUCACAAUAGGCCCCAGUCUGGAUCCUGGCGACAGCGAGGUACAGCUGAACUGCUGGUUUGAUGAGGAGUUCAAGUUCAUCAUGCUGCCUGUGAGCUACACAGUUGUCUUUGUGUUGGGUCUAAGUCUCAAUGCCCCGGCCCUCUGGCUCUUCCUCUCUCGUCUCCGACCAUGGGAUGCAACAGCCACCUACAUGUUCCACUUGGCCUUAUCAGACACUUUGUACGUGCUGUCACUACCCACCCUCAUCUACUAUUAUGCGGCCCGCAACCACUGGCCCUUUGGUACUGGGCUCUGCAAGUUCAUCCGCUUUCUCUUCUAUUGGAACCUCUACUGCAGUGUCCUUUUCCUCACCUGCAUCAGUGUGCACCGCUACCUGGGCAUCUGCCACCCACUGCGGGCUCUACGCUGGGGCCGGCCUCGAUUUGCAGGCCUUCUCUGCCUGGCAGUUUGGUUGGUUGUAGCCGGCUGCCUCAUGCCCAACUUGUUCUUUGUCACAACCAGUCCCAAGGGGGACACCAUCCUGUGCCAUGACACCACUCGGCCUGAGGAGUUUGACCACUAUGUGCACUUCAGCUCAGCAAUCAUGGGACUGCUCUUUGGCGUGCCCUGCCUGGUCACUCUUGUCUGCUAUGGGCUCAUGGCCAGGCGCCUGUAUCGGCCCUUGCCAGGGGCUGCCCGGUCAUCUUCUCGUCUGCGUUCUCUCCGCAUGAUCGCUGUGGUGCUGACUGUCUUUGCUGUCUGCUUUGUGCCUUUCCACAUCACCCGCACCAUUUAUUACAUGUCAAGGCUGUUGGAAGCUGACUGCCGGGUGCUGAACAUUGUCAACGUGGUCUACAAAGUGACUCGGCCUCUGGCUAGUGUCAACAGCUGCCUGGAUCCUGUACUCUACCUACUCACUGGGGACAAGUAUCGCCGUCAGCUCCGUCACCUCUGCAGUACUGGUGGGCCCCAGCCCCGUAUGCCUGCCUCUUCCCUGGCGCUGGUGUCCCUGCCUGAAGAUAGCAGCUGCAGGUGGACAUCCACCCACUCAGACAGUGGCUUCCCUUUCUCUGGGGCAGAUAGACUGUAA